GAGUGGCGACGCGCGGGCCACAGCGCGGGCGUUCGAACUGGCGCUUGGUGGCGUUGCCAUGGAGAUGCGGCCUGGCCGCCGCCGGUGACUCCCGGGUUGACAGGGCUCUUAAGUUGCGGGCCUUGGGGCUCACUCCCGACGGCACUGUCUUCUUCUCUUCUCAGACAGAGCGGACCGAGGAGUUUGGACCGAGAGUUUAUAGAAACCUAUUCACCAAAAUGGCAUCCUGGUUAUAUGAAUGUCUUUGUGAAGCUGAACUUGCACAGUAUUAUUCUCAUUUCACUGCCCUUGGCCUUCAGAAAAUAGAUGAAUUAGCCAAGAUUACAAUGAAAGACUACUCCAAAUUAGGAGUCCAUGACAUGAACGACCGCAAACGUCUCUUCCAACUUAUCAAAAUUAUUAAGAUUAUGCAAGAAGAAGAUAAAGCAGUCAGUAUCCCAGAGCGUCAUCUUCAGACAAGCAGCCUGCGCAUCAAGUCUCAGGAAUUAAGAUCUGGCCCUCGCAGACAACUGAAUUUUGAUUCUCCUGCUGACAAUAAAGACACAAAUGCCAGCAAUGAUGGGUUUGAAAUGUGCAGUUUAUCAGAUUUCUCUGCAUAUGAACAGAAGUCCACUUACCUAAAAGUGCUAGAGCACACGCUACCAGAUGAUUCCCAGUACCAUACAAAAACAGAAAUUAUGAAUGCCACAGCUGGUGAUUCCUUUGUGCAAACAGAAAUCAGCACUUCACUCUUUUCACCAAAUUACUUUUCUCCAAUACUGGGGGAUUGUGAUAUUCCCAUUAUUCAAAGAAUCUCUCAUGUUUCAGGGUAUAACUAUGGAAUCCCUCAUUCUUGUAUCAGACAGAACGCUUCAGAGAAACAGAAUCCUUGGACUGAGAUGGAGAAAAUCAGAGUUUGUGUUCGAAAACGCCCCCUGGGCAUGAGGGAGGUACGUCGUGGAGAAAUUAAUAUUAUUACUGUAGAAGACAAAGAAACUCUACUUGUGCAUGAGAAGAAAGAAGCAGUUGACCUCACUCAAUAUAUUCUGCAGCAUGUUUUUUAUUUUGAUGAAGUCUUUGGUGAAGCGUGCACCAAUCGGGAUGUAUACAUGAAGACUACUCACCCACUUAUUCAGCAUAUUUUCAAUGGAGGCAAUGCCACUUGCUUUGCUUAUGGACAGACAGGUGCUGGAAAGACCUACACCAUGAUAGGAACUCAUGAGAACCCAGGAUUGUAUGCUCUAGCUGCCAAAGAUAUCUUCAGGCAACUACAAGUGUCCCAGCCAAGAAAGCACCUCUUUGUGUGGAUCAGCUUCUAUGAAAUUUACUGCGGACAGCUUUAUGACCUCCUAAAUAGAAGAAAAAGGCUCUUUGCAAGAGAAGAUAGCAAGCACAUGGUGCAGAUAGUGGGACUGCAAGAGCUUCAGGUGGACAGUGUGGAGCUCCUCUUAGAGGUGAUCUUAAAGGGCAGCAAGGAGCGCAGCACUGGGGCCACUGGAGUUAAUGCAGACUCUUCCCGCUCCCAUGCCAUCAUCCAAAUUCAGAUCAAAGAUUCAGCCAAGAGGACAUUUGGCAGGAUCUCUUUUAUUGACUUGGCUGGCAGUGAAAGAGCAGCAGAUGCAAGGGACUCAGAUAGACAGACAAAGAUGGAAGGUGCAGAAAUAAAUCAGAGUCUCCUGGCUGUAAGUUGUUCAAAAUCUUUAAUCUAAAAAUCCUUCUUGAAAGACUUUGCCCAUUACAUAUAGGCAGAGUGGAUGAAUGUGGGGUGGAAUCAGGAAAGCACCUGCCCUGUUCUUAUGUGAUAAUGGAAUGCCAGGGUUGGAGACGGAGGGCUGACCAGACAGACUCUCACAAUUCUAGGCAACUAUUUUCUUCUCUCCUUGUCUUCUUUUCCCCUGGUCAAUACAUGCCAAUUAGGAACAGAGGUAUUUGUGCAGUUGCUGAACGGUUAACUCUGUUAAGCUUUCUCUCUUUCCCCAAUCUUUAAAAUUAUAUUAAUUUUUCAAACAUAGAAAAGUGGAACAAAUAGUAUAAUGAUCUCCCAUAUACCUGUCAGAUUCAACAGUUACCA